AUGUAUGCGUACAUUGGUUUUGUAAUGUGCUUUUGUGUGGGGAAUACUUUGGGGUAUUAUCCACAAAGAGUAGCACCAUACCAUACAGGAGCAAACGAUCCAUUUCCAGUUGAAGUAAGGCCACAUUCAUUGCAAGAACCGUCGCAGAGACUGUUCUGGGGAAACCAAGGUACCAAUCAAGUUGGAGGAACUGGAUUAUGGGCACAUUUGACAAAUAAAUUCCCAUUCCUAGGAAACAUGUUUGGAAGGCUUGAAUCACCAUCGCAAUACGGUGUGCCAAAUCAAAACAAUGUACUUUCCAAUGAGUAUGGCAUUCCAGGGAUAAAUCAAGCGCAGUAUUAUGCGCAGCAGCAGCAAGAAUUUUACCAAAAUCCACAAUUCUAUCAGCAGCCACAGCAAUAUUAUCAACAAGUUCCUCAACAGCCUGGACAGCAAAAUUUUGCUUUUGGGCGCGACGUUGGAAUAACUGAUGACGCUAUCAUAGUGACUCCACCAUUUGUGCCGCCUGUGGUACAGCCUUCUCCUGUACCAGCUCCGACACCCGUACCGGCACCGGCACCACCAGCACCUGCUCUUGAACCUGUUCAAGGAUACGCGUAUAAUAAACCUCAGUACAGGUUAGAGUUACCUCACAAAUGA